AUGCUCCCCGGGCUGCGCACGCUGCACUCGGUGGACGACGUCGUGGUGGACCGCCUGCGCUGGUGGCGUGCGCGGCAGGAGGCGGCGACGGGCCCCGCCGCACAAGACGCGCGACGGUGCGGCGCCGAGCCGCCUGCGGCUAAAGCGGCACGGCGGCCGCGCUCAUGCUCCGCCUCGCCGCACGGCGGCUUGGCGCACCGUCGCGAACGGCUCUUGACGCUGAUGCCGCCGCGCGAGGUCGUGGCGCUGCGCCACCCUCCGCUGCUUCUCUUUUUGCGCGGCGAGGCCACCGCCGAGCGACGCGACGUGGUGCAGAUGGCGUUGCGUGAGGUGGAGGGGGCGGUGUGGCUUGCCCGGCUGCUGCCGAUGGAACGCGUCUUCUACGGCCCCCAGAUGCGGCCUGGCGGUCCGGACGCCACGUGCGAGUUUGCGGCGCGUAAGAGGCGUCCGCGACGACGGGCGGCGUCAUCUCCGCCGCUGCCGCCGCCUGCCUUGGACUUUGGCACCGGUCGCAGCGGCAACAGGGGCAACACCUCAAGCAGGCGCCGUGAAGCAGGGACUGCGAGGUUGCCGAAUAAUAAGGGCGGGGUCGCGCUGCCGCCCGUUCUGCCCUCCCGCCACCUGUGCCGAAAGGUGAGUUGCCUGCAGGACUCGUAUGUGUUUAACCCUGAGGCGGACUUUGUUGGCGAUGGGGCAUUUUCGCGUGUCUUCCGCGCGGUGCCGCUCUUUCAAGGAACUCCAAAUCUGAGUUUCUUUGCGAUUAAAGUCAUUCCCCGGCGAAAGUGGAAGAAUUUCGCUCUCACUAGUCCCUGCAAGGCCCUGCAUGGCGUAGCAACGACGCACGACACCAUGCAGGGGGCUGAGCAAGCGGUCACCACCGCCCGCUCUAAACCGAAUGAGCAGGCUGCGGAGGUUCCCAUCGGUGACUGCUGUGGCGUGGAGUACCACGACGCCAUGCACCGUGAGCUGGUGGAGAUUGAGCGAGAGAUAUCCAUCGUGCGAUCGCUGCGCCACACAGGGUGUACGCAGUUUGUGGAGGCGCUGCGUACACCGGAUGAGUUUGUUAUUGUGAUGAAUAUGGGGCGGGGGUGCAUGGAUGCCAGACGCUACCUUCAACUCAAUGGGCCCCCGUCCGACAACCGGGCGGCGCUCAUCAUUUACCAGCUGGUGAAGACGGUCAACUACCUGCAGUGCACGCACGGCCUUAUCCACCGCGACAUUAAGUUGGAGAAUCUCCUGCUUUCCCGCAUCGACGCCUCGCAAGAUUGUAUUCAGAAGGUUCUUGGCAGCUCACUCGCAACUCGGACGCGCGAAGCCGCGGACAUCGCGCCGGACGUGGAGGCGGCAGCGGCGAUAGCGACGAUGGAGUACAAGGAAAACAAGAAGGACGCCAAACCGCCGCGGCGCCGCUUGGCGUCGGUGUGGGGCACAAUCUCGGCCGAGCAGAGCUCCGAGGCGCUGGAGCGACUGUUGAAGGUGACCCUCGUUGACUUUGGCCUGGCGCGGCGCACGGCGAAGCGCGGGGAGAAGUGCCGGGGGCGUUCCGCUGGCGAGGGCAGCGCGCGGAAGUCGCUGCCUAACAACAACAACAACAACAAUCAGCAGCAGCGGCGGCGGCGGCAUCCGCUGUCCGCGCGUUGGCAUGCCCACCCCUGUGCCGUCCGCGGUCAACAUGUUCGCCUCUGUAGAUAG